AAAAUAAAGAUUAUCUUAUCAGUGAAAAUAGACGAAGCAAAAAUUAUAAAGUGAAAAAUUUUUCAUUUUCUUUUCCAAAUUUGUGAACAUUUUCCCAUUUUUUCAUCUUCAAAUUGUCGAAAUAUGUCCAAUAAUGCGGUUGGUUUCGAUAAAAUUUGCAGAUUUUGUGGCUACGAGAAACCUGAUGGCAAAUUCAUAUUCAGUUCAGAAGCAGUAAAAAUUGGAUUAUUAUCGAAAAUUAAGCAGUUAUUCCCAGAAGAGACCGAACUCAUCAACGCUGAAGUGAUUUUACCCAAAUUCAUCUGUAAUUCUUGCGAAACCACCAUUGAUUAUUUUUUCGAAUUCCACAACUCUGUGAAAUUGGUGCAGGAGAAUCUAAAGAAGAAAAUUCAACCGAGUAAAUUACUUCAGAAUGAACUUUGCCCCGAUACUCUGUACAAGCCACCUCAUCUCUGCCAUGAAAUCCAAAAACUAGGAAUUAUCACAAUAAAUUUCGAUUCGACUGGUAUAAUAACUUGCUGCGACUGUAACAUGAAGUUGAAUACCGACGAAGUACGUUGUUUAAACGAAAGACUAUCCUAUUGCAUCUGUAACGACUGCGGUUACAAAGACGAAACACAUUUAUUCCUACCCAAAAAGAAUGGUAAUUUGACAUGUCCUCGUUGCUCGUUCAUGAAUAAGAAAAACAUUUCUCAACAAAACACAACCGAAGUCGUUCAAAGCUCUAAAUUCAAAUGUGACAUUUGCGGUAAAUCGUUUAGUUCCAAAGGUCAUCUUAAUCGUCACAGUCUUACUCAUUUCGGAGCUAAACCAUACCUUUGUGAAAAUUGUGGCACCGGAUUCAACCAAAAAUCUUCGUUAAAGACGCAUACCAUGAUACAUAAAAAAAUGAACCCUUUUACGUGCAAAUGGUGCGGACAACAAUUUCGUCAUAAACAAACACUCCUCAAUCAUGUAAUGAGUAUACACGGAUACGUUAACGAAACAGGCAACUUGUACGAAUGCGACGAAUGUGAAAAGAAAUUCAUAAAUAAGGCGAAAUUAAGACGACAUUACAGAAGCCAUUCGGGUGAGAAACCUUUCAAAUGUAACAUAUGCGAUAAAACAUUCUCCCAAAAUGUGAACCUGAAAACUCACUACAAGAAACACGAGGCAGAAAAUCAAUUCCCCAAUAUUUCCAUGUACGCGUCUCAGUCGGUUUUGAACGAGACAGAACAAGGUAACCUGAUCCAGGAGUUGUUUACAGAUUGCCAACAGUUGAGUUUAGGUCUAGAGAGUAUUUCUACCGAUGACGCUAGUUUUGGUUCGGAUAUUCAGAAGAAUUACAGUACCGAAACAGAUAUGAAUUUGAAAGAGUCUAGUACCAGUAACGAGAUGUUUUAUGAUAUGUCAUCGUCGUAUGGUUUGAUGUAUUCUGAUGAUACUGAUUUGUAUGAUACGAGUGAUGUGACGAAAUCUUCCAUGUUACCUACGUUUUCUAGUUUGAAUACGGUACCUUAGGUUUUUGGAAAUCUGUGCUGAUUUGAUUUGUAGUUUUUUUUUUUUGUAUUUUUUUACUUAUUAGUAAAAUGGCCUAGUUAGAAUUCUUAAAAAACACAUUGUUUUGUAUUUUAUACUUACCUACUUGUACUUAUAAAUAACAUAUUUGCAGGA